AUGGCCUUGGAAAUUGAAACCUUCCGUCAACAGGUAGCUGCAUGGGCAGCAGGAGAUACAAAGCCCGGCCCUCUGUGGAGCUCACUUAUUCUAGCAGUCUCCAGUGGAGGUUCUCUGGUGGCUGAUAGUGCAGGUCCACUGGCCUUCUUUCCUCAGUGGAAGCUGAAACAUUAUGAUGUUAUUGUAGGUGUUUUGUCAGCUCGACACAAUCAUGAACUGCGCAGUGUUAUAAGGAACACUUGGUUCAAGCACCUGAAAAAACAUCCUGCACUGAGCCAACGUGUCCUUGUGAAGUUUAUAAUAGGUGCGCAUGGUUGUGCUGUGCCAGUGGAGGACAGAGAAGAUCCCUACUCCUGCAAACUUCUGAACAUCAGUAACCCAGUUUUGAAUCAGGAAAUUGAAGCAUUCAGUCUCCCUGAGGACAUACCUUCUGUGUUAUCUGAAGACAGAAUCGUCAGUGUGAACUUCCGUGUACUUUACCCAAUUGUCAUUACCAGCCUUGGGGUAUUUUAUGAGGCUGAUGGGGUGGGAUUCCAGAGGAACAUCACUGUAAAACUGUACCAGGCCGAACAUGAGGAAGCUCUCUUCAGUGCUCGCUUUAGUCCACCAAGCUGUGGAGUGCAGGUGAACAGAUUGUGGUACAAGCCAGUAGAGCAGUUCAUUUUGCCAGAGAGUUUUGAAGGUACCAUUGUGUGGGAAAGCCAGGAUCUUCAGGGCCUUGUUUCAAGAAACCUUCAUAAAGUGAUGGUGAAUGAUGGAGGGGGUGUUUUCAGAGUCAUUACAGCAGGGGAAGGGUCACUGCCACAUGAACUCACAGAAGGCGUGGAGGGAAUAGCAGGUGGUUUUAUCUACACUAUUCAAGAAGGUGAUGCUCUUUUAAAGAGCCUCCAUACCCGCCCAGAAAGGUUUACAAGUCACAUAAAAAAUCUUGAAAAAGAAGAUGCUUUAUUGAAGGAAGAAAGCAGUACCUAUGACGAUAUUGUUUUUGUAGAUGUUAUUGACACUUACAGAAAUGUUCCAGCUAAACUACUGAACUUCUACCGAUGGACAGUUGAAUCAACGAGUUUUGAUUUGUUGCUGAAGACAGACGAUGACUGUUACAUUGAUUUGGAGGCUGUUUUUAACAGGAUGAUGCAGAAAAAAUUGGACAGGCCAAACAUUUGGUGGGGAAAUUUCAGACUAAAUUGGGCAGUUGAUCGAACUGGGAAAUGGCAAGAGCUGGAGUACCCGAGUCCUGCGUAUCCAGCCUUUGCUUGUGGGUCUGGCUACGUCAUCUCCAAAGACAUUGUUCAGUGGCUGGCAAGCAAUUCUGAAAGAUUAAAGACGUACCAGGGUGAAGAUGUGAGUAUGGGCAUCUGGAUGGCAGCUGUGGGACCCAAGCGCUAUCAAGAUAGUCUCUGGUUGUGUGAAAAGACAUGCGAGAGUGGCAUGCUGUCUUCCCCCCAGUAUUCUCCACAGGAACUGAGAGCGCUCUGGAGAUUAAAGGAAAUGUGUGGAGAUCCUUGUAGAUGUGAGGAAAGAUGACAGACUUGCCUUGGAAAACA